UUAAUUCCAGUUUAUCAACAGAACCAAAUAUUGUUGGACCAGAGAAGAUUGGAUAGAGAGAGAGAAGAAGAGAGAAGCUUGAAUAGAGAGAGAGAGAGACAGAUGAUAGAAGAGGAUAAACUUCCAGAAGAUGAAUCAAUGAAAGAUUUUCAUGACGCAGUUUCAGCACUGAAGGAUGCCUACAUUACCAAAGAUUUGUGGAAUGCAUCACAUCUACCUUGCUAUGACCCUGCUGUUCCCUUUGGUUUGCACUUCAUAGACAAGUCAGCAGAAUAUUAUUGCAGGAUCUGUCCAACAAAACUAAUGGGGUCAUUUACAGAUGCAAAAGUCCAUUUUUCUUCACGUGAACAUUAUGAUAAUUAUGUUGCGUAUCUUAAAACACGUGAGGAAAUGGAGCAUAAGAAUACAAUGCAAUCAGAGACUUUGGAUGUUGAGAAACAAGAUAGUAAGAGCCAAGAAGGAAAGGAACAGCAACAAGAGAAUGAUAGUUUGCUGGAGGACAAAGAGUGUGCAGAAGUUACUGAAAGUAUCAGCAGUGAGAAUGUUACUGAUGUAGAGUGUUUGAAUGAAAGUUUACAUCAACUCAGACUCUCUUGAGAAGGUAUUAAGUAAUUUCCUUGAAAUAAAAGCACCAGGUAUUACUUGUGUUAACUUGAUCUUUAUGAUGUAAAGUAAGAAAAAAAAAAACUUAAGUAAGUUUUAGUGUACAGUAAUUCACUUAACCCUUUCACUGUCGAGACCGCUGCUGCUCACAAACUUGCUCGUUUAAGAAUUUAAAACAAAAAAAUAAUUUCUCAUGAAAUGAUUGAGAAUCGUUUCCUGAUGGUAACGGCAUCAAAAGUACAAAAUUUAAUAGAAAACUUACGGAAUUAUGCUCUUGCGAAGUUAACGAUCUUGGCAAUAUUUAUGCAUCAAUGAUUUUGCCUAAUUUGAGCCCUAUUUUCAGCCAGUUCCAUUGUUUCAGUCAACCAAACUCAUAGCUAUUUCGCUAGAACUCCAUUUAUUCUAUCGAUCGAGUACAAGAAACUGCCCAUUUACCGAUUUCAAGUACCCAAUAAAGAUCAGAAAUUGGUAAUUUGGCCAAUUUCAUAUACAUUCAAGGCCAAUUUCAAAAUAGGGUCCAGAAUUAACAAUACAAACAUUCCUAGCACAAAAAUAACAUUUUCUGUGUUCAUUAGUCAUGUCUCCAGACCCUCUUAUAUUACGCUUGCUUUCCAUUUUGAAUGGUUAUUCACACACACAAAAAAUAGAUUUACUAUUAUCCAGACAACUGCAUUAUUGUAAAAAUGGUAUAAAUAAUAUCAGCACGUUUGUGAAAGCAUAUUAGACUCGCCAAUUGACGUGUAUUGGACGCGUGACUUGAUUUGUUUACUCUUGAAUAUCGGCAAAAAUUGAACAUUUCUGCUACUUUGAGCUGAAUUUCAAGGUAAUUUCAUAAACCCUUCAAAAUUAUCUCUAUUUUUGCAAUAUAUCUUCCAUUCUAUCAAAUGAGACCAAGAAAACGAGAAUACAACUAUAAACACCAUACAAAAAAUAAUCCGUAAAGUCGGUGUUUUAAUCCAAAAGCACUUUUAGUUUUUUUUUCUCAUGUACUGCAUCCUGCAGGAUUUUUUUUAUACAGCACACACUGACCACUCAGGCCUAUUCUCUCAGAUGUAGGCCUACCAGCUUUCUCCCACAAGAUUGGAAGUCGCUAGAAUUUUGGCAUAUUACGGGACCGACAGUUAAAGGGUUAAGUAUAAGCUAUGUUAAUCCUAUAGAGAAACACACAACUACAACUUAUAUAAUACUUGUACUGUGUAAGGAGAAGUUAUGGAAGGUGACAGGUGGGUCAGUACACCAUGUGAGGAGAGAUGUUGGAAGGUGACAGGUGGGUCAGUACACCAUGUGAGGAGAGAUGUUGGAAGGUGACAGGUGGGUCAGUACACCAUGUGAGGAGAGAUGUUGGAAGGUGACAGGUGGGUCAGUACACCAUGUGAGGAGAGAUGUUGGAAGGUGACAGGUGGGUCAGUACACCAUGUGAGUAGAGAUGUCGGAAGGUGACAGGUGGGGCCCGUACACCAUGUGAGUAGAGAUGUCGGAAGGUGACAGGUGGGUCAGUACACCAUGUGAGUAGAGAUGUCGGAAGGUGACAGGUGGGUCAGUACACCAUGUGAGGAGAGAUGUUGGAAGGUGACAGGUGGGUCAGUACACCAUGUGAGGAGAGAUGUUGGAAGGUGACAGGUGGGUCAGUACACCAUGUGAGGAGAGAUGUUGAAAGGUGACAGGUGGGUCAGUACACCA